AUGCCAACCACAACAUUGGGAAAGGGUGUUUCAUCAAGUAUUGAUACCAUGGAUAAUAAGGAAAAUGAAAGAGCUUCCACAGAUUCUUCAUCGGGCCCGAUGUCUAGUUCCGAAAUCAGAAAGAUGACUCCGGCUAAGCAUGACAAACUCAUUCUUCACGAGUUUGACGGACAGGUUAAAGAGAUACGAGCUCAAUUAACUGAGCAACUGAAAUCUGUUGGGGAAAGGACAGAAAUCCAAGUUGCCGUUCUAACGGAAUUGGAGGACUUCUAUAGAAAACUCGGUGAAGCGGAAGCUGAAAAUGCCAUUCGAGUGGAAAAAUUGGCAAAGGCUACGAUGCAGCGACACAAAGCUGAAAAAAAUAGAAGAGAUGCGUGGGCCCAGCAUAGUGCAUCGUCUGUGUUCCAGCAAGUUGUAGAUGAUGCGCGAGAAGCAGCACAGCAAAAACAGUUCAUGGCCGAUUUCUAUCAAAAAGUAAUUACUUCAAGUAUUGGCUCGAGGUGUGAUGAUUUGGCGAAAAUAAGCAAACGAUGUCGAGAAAUCGGAGCACUCUCUCAUAGCGAAAUUAAUCGUGUUCUUAAUGAAUUACAAACGGCCAUGAAAACGUACCAAAUUUGUCACACAGAGCUAGUUGGAGUGGAGAAAAAACUGCGUGCUGCUGAGGAGGAUAAGAGGCGAUAUGAAGAAGCUAAUAAGGGGAAAAGUCCUUCAAGAAAAUUAAAGUCUCUCACAAAAUAUUACAAUCGGAGAGAAGAAAAGUAUGCUUUGAUUCGAUACAAGUGCACAAAAGCACGUAAUGAAUAUUUGAUGUGUGUACGAGCAGCUAAUGCAGCUCUUCAUAGAUUUUUCGCUGAUGACCUCAGUUAUCUCAUAGAUUGUAUGGAUCUCGGGCUGGAUUUCUGGUUAAAAUCUCUUUUGGACCAUGUCAUAGAUGUUAGAAAACGAUUGACUCAGAGAGAAAUGGAUUCUCUCGCUGAGUUAGGUACUUUACGGUCAUCGUUAGACUCCAAAGCUGAUAAACAACGAUUUUUCGAAGCUCAUCAUGCCACUUUCAUGCUCCCAAAACAGUUUGAAUUUAGGCCUCAAAUUGGUGAUGAUAUUAGUACUGUUUCGGCUGAACGAGGCCUCAUGAUUGAUUUGUCUCAGCGCCAAAAGCAAAUAGAGAAACGUCUUCAUGGGUUAAGACUCGAAAGCGAUGAGUUAUGGAAGACUCUUGAAGCUUGCGAACGACAUUUGCAUGAACUCUAUAGAGACACACCUACGGAUUUAGUUAAAUGGAGAAAGGAUGUUCUGGAUGCUUAUCAGUAUUAUCUUGAGAAGUUCGAAUGUUUCCUACUCAAUGGAAAUUUGAUUGAGCGGCUUGAGGCCCGAACUAAAGCUAUCGUGGAAGCUUUAGUAAGAGAAGGAGAACCAAGAGAGUCACUUACUGUUAUCUCAGAUGAUAUCACUCGAAAGAAAAUUCGACGAAUCGGAGGGACAGCUCCGGAUCUUACCCAACCCCGCCCAAAGCUAUUCGGUGGUAGUUUGGAUGAGUAUGUUGAAGCUACUGGUGAAUGUAUUCCCUUGGUCGUUAUGUCUGCUAUUGGGUAUUUAUCAAGGUUUUCUUUGAGAAAUCAGGGUCUGUUCCGUAUAAGUGGGUCUCAAUCUGAAAUCACUCGGUACAAAGAAUGCUAUGAAAGAGGAGAAGAUGCAUUUUCCGACCUGGUCGAUGGGUCGGAGUCAAACUCUGUUGCCGGAGUUUUGAAAUUGUAUUUACGAGAACUUCGUGAGCCUUUGUUCCCAAUAUUUUUGUUCGAUCAGUUUACUGAUUGUGCCAAAGCCGACAGUCCCCAAGAUUUCAUAAGAAAGACGAGAGAGCUUAUUUCAAAGUUACCAGUUUGUAACAUUUUACUUUUACGAUAUCUGUUCGGCUUUCUCUCACAUCUUUGUGAGUUCGCUGAUGAAAAUAUGAUGGAGCCUCAUAGUUUGGCAAUUUGUUUUGGUCCAACCCUUCUUCCUAUACCUGAAGGGAAAGAUCAGGUGUUUUACCACAACUAUGUGAAUGAACUUGUGCGUGGGUUGAUUGUUCAUUCAUUGGAAGUCUUCCCAAGUGAACCUGCUGGCCCAUUAUAUGAUAAAUACGUCAUUUCAACAGCUUCUGAACAUUUGGGAUACAUGGAUGAUGGUGAUGCUUCUGAAGAUGAAGACGUCAUUCAUCAGCAUAUGUCACAUAACGAUCAUGAUAAUAUGCUAGAUAGCACUUAUGAAAUGUCUAUUAGCACUGAUGCUGAUAUUCCACCAUUACCUCGAAUAACAACCAAUGUUCAAGUUUCUCCUAAAGAAGAUAUCUAUAGUCAACCAAGUCUCUCUAGCAGGUCGUCCAACCGAUCAGCAUUUGAUGAUCACUUCAGAAGAACAUCUGAGGAAAAUACAACUCCUCCACUACUCAGAACCGAUAUACCAUCUCGGAUUGCAAACGAACUUACCGUAAAGUUCGCUCAGCGUGAUCAGAAAGAAAGAGAAAAAACCAUUUCUCCUUUAUCUCGCCCGAUUUGGGAAACUGAAAGACCAGAUUCUCAUGCAUCAACUAUUUCUCAAUCGUCUACAGGCUAUUCUGUUACUCGAAUGCCUGUUAUGACCUCUCUAAGAGAUCAACUUCAACACUUACGGAGGGAACUCAAUGUUAAGGAUGAUAAUGCAAAAGUUUAUCCUUUGUCUGAUGGUCUUCAAAACGGGAAAACUCAGAGAAUAUCUCUUUUAAAUGACAACACUAUUCUCGAUGCUCGUGGAUCGAGUAGAAGCUGUGACAGUGCCAUAUCGAGACAUACUCCAUGUGAUCAACCGAGCUCUGAUGCUUCAAGUUCAGCUAGUUCAAAUGAUUUUGACGAUUCCCACAUAGUUAGAAGAAGAUCUGAUGUACAGUCAGACAUUUACAGUUCGACUACACCAACCAAGCCAUUACGCGGACUCUCUCCUCCGUUAGAAGAACUCGCGGCUGCUUUGAAAGAAGCGAAGUUUGACUGA